AUGAGUUUUGCGAGUCGCAGAAAGCCCAGGAAGAUUGGCGAUGAUGGGGGAGGCGACGAAGGACAGAGCCAAGAGACAGAACCCGUCGUGAAGCGCCCUCUUAAGUCAAAGACCAAGCAGAAGUCGAAAUUAAAUCUUUCUUUCGGUUCCGGCGAGACGUCAAUGACAGAUGACGGAGAUCAAGAAAGCGAAGUGGUUGUCCCAAAACGACAUGGCCUCGGACGCCAGGCUAUGGAACGAAACGCCAUACAGCGAAACCUGACACCGUCCUACGCAUCCGAAACACUUUCUGCUCGAGUUGGACAUGAUCAGGACCGACCUAGCUACAGCAAUGAUUAUCUUAAGGAGCUUCGAGACUCCACUCCCUCAACCCCAAAGGCCAGCACGGACGAUGAAAAAGAUCGGACAAUCGAUCGAAGCCGAGAUCCGGAGAAGAAAGCUCGCCGAGCUCGAUUGGCAUUGGAGCACGGCGCAAAGGAGGAAGAUUUCAUCUCAUUGGAUAGCCACAUGGCUGACCAAGAUGACGAUUGGGAUGCUGUCGCCCGUGGCGAGAAGGACGAAUUAUCGGAUACUCGACUGGUCCGUGACGAUGAGGACUUCGCCGAGGGUUUCGAUGAAUAUGUCGAGGAUGGGAAGAUUUCCCUUGGGAGAAAGGCAGAACGAGAUCAGAAGCGCAAGGACCGUGAUGCAAUGCGUGAACUUAUUGAUGAAGCUGAAGGUGUCUCUGAUGAUGAAGACUCUGAUCUUGAGGAGAAAGCUGCCUAUGAAGCCGCUCAAACGAGAGCUGCCAUGGGCCACGGCAAACCUUCUGGCCUCGUUCGGUCGGGCACUCCUCCUAAGGUGACGUCACUCCCCAAGCUCUCGAAUACUCUGGAGAGACUCCGUUUAUCUCUGGCAUCAAUGGAAACAGCCAAAACACAGAUGAUCAGCAGGAUGGAGGAGUUGCGCAAGGAGAAGGCGGACAUCGCCGUGCGGGAGGUGGAGAUUCAGGGAAUGAUCAAAGAGGCUGGUGACAACUACGAGCGGCUCAAGAAGGAAGCCGGCGUCGGUUCAUCUUCGGAUGCAAAUGCAUCGGCAGGAGCUUUGGAACAGUCCCGCGGCCUGGAAAGCAUCGGUGCUCCCAUGGCAAGUUCCGAUUCCAGUUCCGCAGAGACCGAGGUUUCCUCGGAGUCAAAACCUGUUAUUGUGAUACCCAUUACAUAUUUGCAUUCUACACUACUUAUAUUCGAUAUGGCGCCUCACUUCCACUUUCCUACAUUCUGUCUUCCUCUUCGUAAGACCAUCGAUCCUGAUGGAUCUUCCAACUCUCAUCGCUACCUGCCCUGGAUUUCUAGCCCAAUCGACAAAACGGAUGAGAUUCCUCGUUUGUAUCAAAAGUCCGACUCAACGCCUAUUGAGCUCUUCUUCGAUUUGUUCUUCGUUGCCAAUCUUUCGACGUUUACCGCUACCCAUGAAAUCAACAACAUUCACGCUCUGGGCUCAUACGUCGGCUUUCUCGGCGUCAUCUGGUUCACAUGGUUUCAAGUCACCCUGUUCGACAUACGGUUCGCCCGAGACUCUGUCUUCGAGCGCAUCUGCAAGGCCAUGCAGCUCAGUGCUAUGGUCGGAUUCGCGUCUGCCGGAACGCGCUUCACCACUCACGUCCAGGACGAAAAUGUGUGGGCUUUUCAGUCCUUGACGGCAAUCCUUGCGGGCAGUCGACUGCUCCUUGCCACUCAAUAUACCAUCAUCGUUGCGUUCAUGCGUUCAUCGAUGAAACAUUCCUCCAUUGGUGUAACCUUCACAGCAAGCGUUCUCUACUUCACAGGUUCUGUCCCAUCGAACCCGCUUCGUGGCCAGGUCUGGACCGUUUGGUUUGUUAUUUUCGCUCUUGAGAUGUGGGCGGUGAUGCUGUUGUCUUGUCUGUAUCCCAGGAUUGGAUUCCAGGACACCCACCUCAACAUUCGAAUGGGUCUUUUGACCUUGAUCAUCAUUGGGGAAGGCGUUAUUGCGAUCACUCGGAUUGUUAACAAGACGGUGCGGCCCGGCGGAUGGACGAAAUGGUCGUUUGUCCACAUUCUAGGGGUGACAACAAAUGUGUACCUCCUGUGGCAGGUUUACUUUGACAUGACCCCGCGGCGCAGACUCGGCAAGCUGGCCCAGCAGAUCUGGGCGCAGUUGCAUUUCCCGUUUCAUGUCGCACUGAUUCUUCUCUCUCGAGGGCUCGCAGAUCCUCGCACGCUGUCUUUCAUCUGCGAGGAUCCGGUUCCCACACAAAGUAGUGGUGUUGCGCUCAUUCGAAGCACGAUCACGGACAUGGAGAUCCCGUUCAGUCGAGCCUCUUUGUCCGAGUCUGAGACACUCAGCUGGAUUCACACGGAGGAUCUUUUCAGUGACCUGCUGGGGAAUGUCACGGCAGCGCUUUUCUCGAGUAUGGACAUUAUUCCCUCGAACAAGGUAGACUACAGCCUGCUGGACAACCAAGAAUUGCUUGAAAUAUACAUGAAGCUCCUCGCCUUCGUCUACGUAUACUUCUUUGUCGUCGCCAGCAUCUCCAUGGCCUUAUUUGGUGCAUUCGUCAUUCUCUCCCACCGCCACGCCCUCAGGCUUCACCUAACCUUCUCAACGGCUGUGCGCAUCCUUCUAGCUAUUUGUCUCGCGAGUCUAGUCUCAUUCGCUAGCCACUUCCCGCUCGCGUAUGCGUUCAUGACCUCGCCGAUCAUUCUCUACGCGUUCACUCUAACUCUCCUUACUGUUCUCCUCGUUGACCGACUUUUGGACAUUUUGGCAUCCCAGGGCGACGCACCUGGCCGACAGAAGCGGGAAAGUGAUGUCAAGACUCAGAGUUUGAGUAUGUUGGCCAUGGGGCCGCCCUCGACGGAGAGAUCUGAUCCAAUCAUAACGUUAUCGACUGUGUCUCAAGAAGAGGAGACGCGUAUGGGUGAGGCUAGCAGUGUUGGGAGCGUGGAGAGAAUGUGA